AUGAGUGGUAUAACUUACAUGAAUGGCAAAAUCGAAAGAUUUUGGCAGAAUAUUCAAGUUGAUGAGGUAGCUUGGGGUCAAAUUCAAAAUUUAAUCGAAAAUUAUAACGCAACACCACAUACACAGUUACCAAAAAAUCCAGAAAUACAUACCUGGUUUACACCAAACAAAUUUUAUGAUAUCAGCGAAAAAUAUGAUACCACCAAAGAACCCCUUUGGAAAGUUGAUGGAGAAAUUAAGGAUUUGAGGAUUUCUCUUCAACAUUUCCGCGAGAGGAGAGCCAAUCAAAGAAAUUAA